AUGGACCUUAAUGAUUUACUUCUUCAACAACAGGAGGUAACUAACCUCUUAUCUAAUCUUCAGGAAGCACAUAAGAGAAUAUUGAUCUCGAAUGAGGAUGAGAAUAAUGACUUGAAUAAAAUAAGGAAAGAUAUUUUAAUAUGUUUGAACGAUUUGAAGACGGUCAAUUCACUCAUAAUUGAUCCUAGAGACGGGUUGAUCAAGAAAAAUUUGCAUAAAUUGGAGAAAUAUGAACAAGAGUUGAGAUCGUUAGAAUCAGAAGAAGCAGCAAUUGAAUCGAACUUGAACCAAUGGAAGAUUGAUCAAGAUCCUGAAAAUGUACGAAGAAAAGAAAAUUGGGGUACUGUUCCCAUUAAUUUGGUGGGAAAUCAUCAAUAUUUACUUGAGUCAUACGUUAAUGAGGUUGGGAUAGAAAACACCACUUUAGCAAAUACCAAUGGGAAUCACGAAGAGACCCCCAAUUCUUCUAAAUUUACUCGAGAACAACUACUUCGGAACGCAAGAAAGCUUAAACUUUGUCAAGAACAAGUAAACUCUGAGAUAGACCAGUUAAAAUCUCUAAUUAGUCAAUACGAGAGAGAUAGAAAUGUAAUAAAUGAUGAGUACAAUAGAACUACAGAAUUAAUUCAAAAGGAAGUAAACACUUUAUCAAGAGAAGAGGAUAAAAUCAACUCACAACGUGAAAAAAUUCUCAAAAAAUUGGGUCUACUCAAAGAUCACGAACAAAACCAACCACGCAAUUUCUUUUUCUCGUUAGGUGCUCUUGCAAGAGUUGAUAAUUCAGACUUCAAAAUUGCAUUAUCUCAAGCGUAUGAAUUCAUUGACGCCAAGAAACAGGCCUUAAAAAAGAUAUUACAUGAAAAUAAGUCUCAAACUAUGUCAUUAGAGCACAAUUUCUCAAUUUGGAACGACGUGAUAAGGUCAAUUCAAGGUUUAGAGACGAACCUACAGCAAUCAUUCAUCGAGAAAGAAGGCAAUGUACCGAAAACAGAUAUAACUUCAAUGAUCAGCAGAACAUUAUCCCGCGUUAAUUCGAUUGUAGGAACAUAUUCGAAAGACUCUAUAUUCACUUCCAUUCUCUGCGAAUUGAAAGCUUUACAGAAAGCACUAGAUGAGCUCAAUGGUAAAAUGCAACCUAUUCCAAUCAAGAGCUCUGCAAAGACUCCUGAACUUCUACAAAUGGGAAAAUCCCCUCCAAAAGUCGCAUUAUCGAAGGAAUAUGCUUCAAAUUUACACGAAUCAACAGAGGACUUCCCUCUAAAGAUAAACAAGACUGACUAG